UCACGUUUCAACUUCAAAGCAAGUCGCCUGUGUACCCUCUGUACUACUUUAUCUGUACAUUUGUUACUGCACAUUUUUGUACUUAUAAAUUCUCCCUUUUUGGUCUUGCUUAUAGUAGGAAGAAGAAGAAGAAGCCUGGGAUCCUGGGAUCGUCAUGUCGAAGGCAAAUCAGGAUGAUGAUCAGGAGAAGCCUUUACAGUUGGAGAUUACAGUUAUAUCAGCUCAAGGCCUGAGGAGUACUAAGGAUUCCUUUCUCUUCUUCCCAACACGUCGUCGUCUCCGACCAUUCGUCACUCUCACCACCAACCCUCCAACCAUCCCAUACGUCCCUUUUUCUGGCCGCUAUGUCUAUCAAACAAAGGUGGACACCACAGGAGGGGAGAGUCCUAGUUGGGGUGAUAAGUUUCACAUCCCCAUCGGGAACUCUUUCUUUUCUCAGAGACAUUCUUGCAUAUACCUUCACAUCUUCUCAAGGCCUUCACGUUCAUGGGGGAGGAAGUGUGAGUUGGGUUGGUGUGGAAUCCCGGCCACUGAUCUCUUGGAAGGAUUCCGGCCUGCCGGGGCAGUUCGGCAGCUGAGCUAUCGUGUCCGGGAAAGAGAUGGGACCAGGGGUAAUGGAGUUGUGAAUGUGGCAGUGAAUUUGGUGGGGUCAUCGGGUCAAACCUUGUCGGGCCAACCCGAUCCAAGUCCAGCUGCAAUGUCGAACUUAACAGGUCUAGGUCUAGGUCUAGGUCUAGGUCCAGGUCCAUGUCAAGGUCGGACAGCUAUUGGCAUACCUGUGGAGGCAUUGUUUCGCCUGAACAUGGACAAAAGUGGAAGACAAGCGGCCACAGGGGUGAUUGCACCAAUUCCUUCCGCUCCGACACCACAAGCACAACGAGAGCCCGUCCAUGAAAAAGAGAAGAAGUGGUGAUUCCCUGCAGGUUAAGCCACAGGGAUAUCCCAACUCCCAAAUUAAUUAUAGGUUUGUCGUAAAUAAAGUGGACAGUGGGGGUACUAAAGACUUUUUGGGCUAUUAAAAAUUUUAUAAGCUCUCCUCUGUACCUCUCCACCAAUUGGCCUUGUCUUAGUGGGAUGUUUCUCUACCAAAUAAAUAAACUCAGAUGUUUCUAGCUUU